AUGUUUUCCGAACUGGAGCUCGAGUACGAUAAGUUCAACGGCUCGGUUGCCGACCUCGCUGACCGCGCUGCCGAUAAUUCAAUGGACUCGAUGACUUGCGAAACAACCAACGAAUCAGAGAUCUCCUCGGAAAGUAUCCUGGUUGUUCCGAAAAACAGAGACUCCAACACCUACCCCCUGAGAAUCGCGUCACACUUCACCGCCAGCAAACGAGUGCCAACGCCGGAGGAACACCAGCUGGAUGAACUGGCCAAAUCCAAGGACGAGCUGGCGGUCAGGGUGUGCAAGAUCGGAAAAGAAAUCGCGUUUCUAGAGACUAUUAUGCCAAAAAUGGAGAGAAGCGUCGAGCUCGACAAAUUGGAGUAUGCCAAGGGCAAGCUCGAGGAGAUGAAAGAAGAGUUUCAAAGACAGCAGUACACCCUGAGCAUCAAAAUCAACAGACUCGAAAAAAAGAUUUAUGGCGCACAGGGAAGUAAAGCAGACUACUGGGUCAGAGGAGUCAGCAGCUAGUCGGUCAAACUAUGUACACUAUGUAAUAUACGGGUAAUAUACGAGCAUCAAACAUCAUUAUCUAUCACUACUCCCCUUCUUGGCAACAUCCCGAUCCGCUAGCAACACGCCGCCACUGCUAUACAAGUCCAUGUCCACAUGCUGUCUCUUGCCGUUCUCAAAAACAUGACACCCGUACACCUCGGCAUAUGGAGGAGUGUACAAAUGUAAACUGAUAGCCACCUUAUCUGUUCUGUUUGUGAUUCUGUGAAGCCCAAUAGUGUCCUCUAUGUGGGUCACGUCAUUCGUGUGAUGCGUGCUUGUUCUUAUGGGCUCUAAAGACUCGCCGUCAAAAAGCUCCUCGGUGAGCUCGCCACUCAGAAUCUUCAUCACGCAGUGGGCGCCAGCGUGGUCAUGGAUGGCCGACCCGCGACCUGGAUUCCACACAAGCAGCAGCAGGUUGCCGUUGGGACCAAAGUUUUCCACGCCAUUACGGGUGUAUGCGACGCUCUUGUCCUCAAAAGCAUAUUUGGCCCAGUCUUGCCGAUCUGACUUGUAGCGUGCCAUCAG